UCUAUCUAAUAUAUGUAAAACAUUUGUACAUAUACCACCACGGAACGAUGAGGUUAUGAUACUAAGUUAUCGUUGCUCAUAGUUGAAUUCGAAACUUAAAGCUUAAACAAUGCCUUUCAACGUAACGGAAUCACUCGAUGUUGAAAUGAGUAAUAAAACAGUUGAUACCGGACCAGCACAAGAAGAUCUUGAGUUCAUCACAUACGGGAUAUUUGUUCCAGUUGUGAUGACUUUCGGCUACAUAGGGAAUAUAAUAACAGCGAUUGUUCUAUGGAAGAAAGAGAUGGCGUCCAUCACCAAUUUGUUCCUUAGGGCUCUAGUUGUGUCUGACAUUGCUCUGGUCACAUUUGCCAGCAUCGCUUUAUCCUUGCCUACUCUAGUGUCUAAGCUUGUACACCGGGAUUUAGGAUUCCAUGUCCUCUUGCCCCAUGGAUUCAAGACUAUAGACUAUUUGGCCCUUACCUCACAGUUGUGUAACGAAUAUAUUCUGGUGUUCGUCUCCAUUGAACGAUACAUUGCCAUCUGUCAUCCAAUGAAACACAUUUAUAUUCAUUCCAGGAAAAAGGUGCUAUACUCUAUUGCCGGGAUAAUAUGUUUUGCAUUGUGUUACAAUGUGCCGAGGAUAAUAUCUACUGAAAUUCAGCUAACUUCUUGUUUUGACGAGUCUUAUCCUCUUGAUUGUUAUGUAAUAAAGCUGUCAGAUUUUGGGAAUGGAUUUUUUUACAAGUCUGUGUACGUUGUAUGGAUGUACACUGUCAUUUACUUUGGCAUUCCUCUGUUGUCUCUCCUCUCGCUGAACAUUCUCAUUCUACGGAAGCUCAGCAAGAUGCGUUCUCGAAGACGAUCGCUGGAAGCUUGCUCAUCACGAGUGAAGAAAGAGAACACCACGAUUUUGAUAGUGAUUAUCGUAAUCGUAUUCACAAUAUGUCAGACGCUUGGACUUUUCAAUCAGUUUCAAUUUUUGAUAAACAAAGAAAAAGCAAACGCUUCCGUGCAAACAAAUUUAACAGUAAUCAUUAACUUUCUUUAUGUGAUGAAUUCUAGCAUUAACUUUAUAAUAUACAUUUGUGUUGGGAAGAAAUUCCGUCGAACGUUCAUGGUCAUCUUUGGGAUCGAGGAUUGGAACUGCAGGAUAACGAGUUGUUUCAGUGGUGUAGAGGAUUACAGAGUCAAAAGUGUGUCGACUAACACGGCUUCAGUGCUGUAGAUGAUAUCAACGUCACAAAAGAGAGAAAUGAUGGAUUGUAAUUCUGGUGCCAAGUGAUGCUCGGUUCUACAAAUGAGCAUGCUGUACAUCGUGAAACAGGCAGAUAUUGUUCUUAUUCCGUAUGAAGGUUUUUAUAUGAAGAUGUGAGAGUGCAUUUCAUCACUUGUGGUUUUCCCCGUAGAACAUGUAGGAGGCUUGCCUAGGGUGUGCAGGGUUACCUUUCCGCUGCUGACAAAUUGCACCAUUUAAAACUGUUUGAAAUGCAUGCAUGCUUAUUGAUUAUGACAUCAUUCAAGUCCCACAGAAAAGGAAGACUACAAUUGAUGAACUUGUAUAUUUCCAUACUAUAAAUCUGACACAUGGAGUUUAAAGCACCUGUCAAGUUUCUUCAUUUCAAAACUUUUCAAAAUAUAUAUUC